UCUCCCUCCCACCUGGGCAUCUGGCAAUGCAGCAUCGCAGCAUGACAUCCUUAGUGGCGUGUGCUUUCCUUUCCCUCAUCAUCUCACUCGUCGCCCUGCCGAGGCCAUGCACAGCAUUCCGGAUGCCUUCCCCCGUCCACAGAACCCCCCGAACGAGGGUUCGCAGCCGCCAGCCCUCCCUGCUGCGCAUGUCGGCUUCUGAGGAUGCCAGCGACACCAUCAUGAGGAUUGACAACGUGCACGCCGAGGUUGGCGAGGAGGAGGAGAAGGUGGUCAAGAUCCUGGAUGGGUUCAGUCUGGAGGUCAAGAAAGGCGAGGUGCAUGCCAUCAUGGGACCCAACGGCAGCGGCAAGUCGACUCUGUCCAAGGUCAUCACUGGCCACCCGGACUACCGCGUCAUCGAGGGGUCCAUCACUUUCAAGGGCGAGGACGUCCUCGACAUGGACGUCGACGAGCGGGCCCUCGCCGGCAUCUUCCUGGCCUUCCAGUACCCGGUGGAGAUCGCUGGCGUCUCCAACUCGGACUUCCUCCGUGCGGCCGUCAACAUCCGGCGGAAGCGGGAGGGACUGGACGACCUUGACGCCAUUGAGUUCUCGAUGAAGAUGUUUGAGGAGCUCGACAAGCUCGGCCUCGACCCGUCCUUCCUCGACCGCGGCAUCAACGCCGGCUUCUCGGGCGGUGAGAAGAAGCGCAACGAGGUCUUGCAGAUGGUGAUGCUGAACCCCGAUCUGGUCAUCUUGGAUGAGACCGACUCCGGACUUGACGUCGACUCGCUCAAGACGACCGCAGAGGCCGUCAACAACUUCAAGGCGAGCCAUCCCGACAAGACAUUCCUGAUCAUCACCCACUACCAGAGGCUGCUGGACCUCAUCAAGGCCGACCGAGUGAGCGUCAUGAAGAAGGGGCGCGUGGUCCUCACUGGCGGCCCCGACCUCGCCACCACCAUAGAGCAAUGGGGCUAUGGCGACUGGUUGGAGAAAGAAGCUGCGGGCGGCAGGGAGGCCGUCCUGGCGUGACAGAUUGAUUGAUUGUCGUGGGAUCACACUUUGAUGGACUGAAUAUGCAUGUACGUGGGCGUCGAUGUCUGGAUGCAUCAAAUGGGGUCUGUCGAUGGAGAGGCGAUUGAUUGUUUGUACAGCGUGUGCGUAUGUGUGAG